AUGAUUUUCCUCUCUAAUCCCACGUUUUAUUCUGCACACACACGCACUCGUUUUACUCUCCAGGGCGUCAUCUGUGAACUAAACCAGAAGUACGGAAAUCAGCAUGGGGAUUGUCCGGCCUUUGAAGUACCAGAGUGUCCGAAUCUUGGUGAUGAUCUCGCUUUUUACACGGGCGCCACCUUGGAGCACAUUAGAAACGAAAUGUGCAAACAGGUGGAUUGUUUUAAGCAAAUAAACCAGAAUAAGUAUCCGGAUAGUCAGGAUAUUAACAACAUUCAAGACUGCAUGGACGAAUUGUAUCGCUUGAGGAACUUAUUAAAGGAAAAAGAUGGUCAAAUGGGGGUAUUGAUUCAGGACAACGAGUGUAUGUGCCAGGCUGCUCUCGAGAGUAAUAAGCGACUAAACCAAUUGGACGAAAAGGUCCGUGAACUUGAUAGGGACACAAGGUACAUGGAGGAGGGAAUGCGCGAGAGUAUUGGUCUAAUACAGGAUAUCGGUGACGUUGCCAGAGAGAACGAGAAGCUAAAGGAUAAAGUAAACAAUUUGAAAGCAUCGGAACUCCAAGACUUAACGGACGAUCUUAAGCGACAGCUGGAAGACUGCAUGAAAAGUAAACAGUUAUGUGAAGAAAUUAACAAGAACUUAAAAGACUCUUUAAGAGAGCUUGGAGCAGAUCCCGACAGUGCCGAGAGAGAAGCUAAAGCCAAACUAGAAGACCAAUGGAAGGCCGAUGAGGAUGCCAAAAAACGUGCUCAAGCUGAAGAGGACGCCAAGAAACGUGCGCAAGCCGAAGAGGAAGCUAAGAGACGCGAAGAGGAAGCGCAAAGAAUGCGUGAGAAAGCAAAGGAAGAGAAACCCGAAGCACCAGCUGAGAAAGCUAAGGAAGAGAAACCUGUAGCACCAGCUGAGAAAGCAAAGGAGGAGAAACCCAAAGCCCCAGCUGAGAAAGCAAAGGAAGAGAAGCCCGAAACCCCAGCUGAGAGACCACAAACUAGUAAGGUUAUCAAGGAUCGCGACACUUUAGUCGCAUAUCCGGUUGUUAAACCGGUUGAGCAAAAACCUGCCGAAAAGCCUGCUGAGAAACCAGCUGAGAAGCCCGCUGAAAAGCCAGCAGAGAAGCCCGCUGAAAAGCCAGCAGAGAAGCCCGCUGUUAAAGCUGCUGAAAAGCCGGCUGAGAAACCCGCUGAGAAACCCGCUGAGAAACCCGCUGAGAAGCCCACUGAAAAGCCUGCUGAGAAACCUGCUGAAAAACCUGCUGAAAAAUCCGUUGAAAAGCCUGCUGAGAAACCCGCUGAGAAACCCGCUGAAAAGCCUGCAGAGAAACCUGCUGAAAAGCCUGCUGAGAAACCUGCAGAAAAGCCUGUUGCAAAGCCUGCUGAAAAACCUGUCGAAAAGCCUGCUGAGAAACCAGCUGAGAAGCCAGCCGAAAAGCCAGCAGCAGCAGCCACACCUGGUGAUAAGCCUGCUGAAAAAGCAGCUCCACCACCACCUGUUGCUGCAGCUGCUGCCGAUAAGCCCGCAGCAGCCGAAAAGCCCGCUGCUAAGCCUGCUGAAAAACCAGCUGAAAAGCCUGCAGCUGCAGCAGCCGCUACUAAGCCAGCAGCAGUGGAAAAACCAGCUGCUAAACCCAUUGAAAAAGCCCCUGCAAAGCCUGUUGAAAAAGCUCCCGCAGCAGUUGCCGAAAAGCCUGCGGCAGUUGAAAAACCCGCUGCUAAACCUGCUGAAAAAGCAGCAAAGCCACCAGCCGCAGCUAAAGCUCCAGCUGAUAAACCAAAAGAAGAUAAAGAAGACGACCAGGCAGCAAAAGGACCGCCCAAAGGUCUGGCUGCAAAGCCCGGAUUGCAUGCUCCACGGCCUCCCAAAGAAAGAAAGAAGGGUUCCAAACAUAUGGAUGAUACCACCGAAGAGCAGUUCGAUGAGUUUGUGAGGAACACCGUGAAAACAUUGUCAGCCGGCGAGAUUGAUGGAGUUGGUUUGGAAAGAGAGCUGCGCAAGAUCCUGGAUAUGUUCAUUGACGAGUGCGGCUUCUGCUUCUGCAAAUGUAAUAUUCCCAAAAGUCGCUUCUAUGCCAUAUGCCACCGACUGUAUCAUCAUGGCCUUCACACUCUGGACUUCAAGGAUCUGGCCUACAUGCACAAGCGAAUCUUUGCUGCAGCGGAAAACAUUUUACCUGGAGCUCUUUUUAAUAUAAUCAUGAAGGAUAUUAUUGCUGGCAAUCCCCAGAGCCUGAACCCGGUAUCCACCGCUAAACCGGCUCCCGUGGUAGACCAGCAAUGCUGCUCCUGCAAGAGCUCGCUCUGCUGCAAUGACACUGAGGAGAAGCUGAUGAUCAAAGUAAUGCGUCUUGAGAACGACAUUGAGAAUGCCAAACAGUGCCUAAAGAAUUUGAAAAAUAUACCUUCAAAUAUUUCUAUUGAUGAAUUUCGUAUGGAUAGUGGGGAUUGCCCCGUUAAGGAUCGAGUCCUUCGUUCUUCACGUGGUGCAAACUCGAUAAUCAUGUACAAACAAAUCAAGCAAGCUCGAACUGUUAAGAAAGGAUGUGCUGCUAACAAUUAAAUGUUUCUUUAUGUUUUUCUGUUUAAAGUUGGGUUGGACAAAAGUAACACGUCCGAUAGGCAAACAUUCAAUCGCAUCAGCCAAACAGUAUAAAAUCCGUUGUUUAUUUGAAAAUAAAGAAUUUUUUGACGUUAAA